AUGUUUACAUUUGCCUGGGGACUGUACAGCUCGCUGUUUGUGGAUCAGACGUACAAGGUGCUUAUUGUUGGUCUUGAAUCCUCCGGUAAAACAACGCUGCUGGAGCAGUUGAAAUGUGUAUACGCAACGAACAAUAGUGCUGCCUCACAGGCGGGGUUAGAUGCGGACAGUUCCAUUCCCACACCAGCGCCGGUGAACGUCAUGAAGGCUAAGCGCAUUCGCCCCACUGUAGGCUUAAAUAUGAAUCGCAUCACCCACCGUGUCAUUCCAGUAUGCCUGUCCACCUCCCCGAGGCAGGGGAGUUUGAGUCGCAACAACGGCGGCGAUGCUCAGGCUUCCACGUCCACGAACACACUGUCGUCGAGUGCGCUGCUUAGUGCCUUCACACCGGUCACAACGCGACUCAUGUUGUGGGACGUAGGUGGCUCAAUGCAGAAGCUUUGGGCAAACUAUUUUGCCUCUUGCCAUGGGGUCAUUUUUGUCGUGGAUAGCACCUUAGGGUCCUCUGCAGCUGCCACCGGGAACACGGUCAAUGCAAGUGCAAGUUCUUCUGCCUCUGCAGUGGCGGCGACGGAGUUUAGCGAGCAACCUGCCACCUCCUCGGAGCAGUCGUGUGUGAGCUCCUUGGAUACAGGAAAUUUCAGCCCCAUCUUUUCCUUUGGCGGGAUGGUGACAUCGCUUGUAGCGGCACCGCUCGUUGAGUCGGGGCGGACUGAGGCGCUGGCGCCCCAGCAGAUGGAAGAAAAAAGGCGAAGCUUCCAGCGUGAUGCAUACGCGCGGAAUGCGGCGGUGUUGCGUGCGUUAUUCCGUCACCCACUUUUGACGAACGCGCCGCUGUUGAUUUUAUCCAACAAGGCAGAUGCAGUGGGUCACUGCUCGCUCGCCGAGGUGCAGGAGGCCCUUGGGCUAGUUGAAUUGGCCCUUAUGCAGGAAUUGUAUGAUAAGGGGGGCGCGAAUGGGAUGUUCCACUCUGCGGGGACUGCGGAUGAUGCGGAUGUUUUUUUUGGCUCCGUGCCGGUUGGAGACCACUCUUUUAGCGGCGUUGACGCCGUGGGGACAAGUGGAAUUGGAAAUAAAGUCAUGCGGCUGGCGGAGGUGAGUGCGUUGGAUGGCUCGGGGGUGCGCGAGGCGUUGGACUGGCUUGUGUUUCAGAUGCGGGACAGUGCGCGGGAGGUGGUGGAGAAUGACAAUUGA